GGUGAAGCAGAUGCAGGGCGAACUUUACAAUAAAGUAGAGUCAAACAAGCAAACGGGUCCUGUUUGAAUGAGUGAAGUAGAUAUUCCCGCAAGGAACAAAUCACAUAGAGAGGGUUUAACUCAUUGCAUAGACUACCUCAGAGACGGGUUUUGUUCCUUUGUGUUUUUGCAGAUGAAGCUGUUGAUCUUGGUAGCUGCUUUACUGGCCGUGACCAGUGCUGCCAGCAUAUCUCUGGAGGACCCAGAGGUCCAGGCCUCUAAAACUGCGAUGCAGAGGAAAAAGGAAUAUGACGUGGAACUCUAUGACAAUAACAGCGGAGAUAUAGACCAGGAAUUUGAGAUCUGGAAGAAGAAAUAUGGUAAGACCUACACUACCCCUGAAGAGGAGGCUGGUCGGAGGCAGGCCUGGCUGAAGACCAGGGUCAGUGUGACGGAGCACAACCGCAAGUAUCUGGCCGGGAAGGAGACUUGGACAAUGGGGGCGAACAUGUUCGCUGACAUGUUGAAAUCUUGUGCAGUCCCCUCUCUGCUGAUUUGGGAGAGAGAAGAUGCCUGCAGUUCCCCUCCGAUGCCCAAGGUGUCCCCAGUCUGCUUCUCUUCACACCACACACUGAGAAAUGUUCUUGUCUUGUAGCAUUUCAUUGUGGGGGCGACAUUGGCUCAGGCAGUAAGAGCAGUCGUCUGGCAGUCAGAGGUCCCUGAGCAAGACACCUAACCCCCUAAUGCUUCUGACGAGCCGCAUGGCAGCCAAUGGCAUCAAUUAUACACCGUUUUGG